UAAAGUCUGCCAUCACUUAAGAAACGAAAAACUCUCCAAAUGCUAGAUUUUAUAAGUCUAGCACUUCUGCUGCUGACGUCGCUGCUUUUGAUUUUCUUCAACUACAGACGGAAAAUUGCCUUUUGGAAGCGACAAAAUGUGGAUUUGCUUGGUGUUUGGUAUAUGCUGGGUAAGAGCCGCAGGCAGCAUCUAUUUGAAAUACUCGAUGAGCUGUAUCGCCAAAUGAAAGUGGAGGGAAAGCCAUGCAAGGUCAUUGAAACAAGUCUCACCACAUCGGUUAUACUGCAGGAUCACACAGCCAUCACGGAGGUGCUGACAUCGAAAUUUGAGAAAUUUCCGGAGAGAGGAUUCUAUGUCAAUAACCAGGAUCCAUUGAUGGCAAAUCUGGUGAGAUAUAAAUAUGAUUUGUGGAAGCCAUUGAGACGUAAAUUGGCGCCUGCCUUUACCCCAGCCAAGCUGAAGUACAUGUUUCCCACCAUGACCCAGGUGGGAGAACGUUUUGUGAAAAUUGUCACCGAUGAGUUGGAGAGGUCUGCUGAUGGCAUUCUCGAAAUGCAUGAUUGGUGUAAACGUUUUAGCAUGGAUGUCAUUGGUACCAUUGCUUUUGGCAUUGAGGUGAACUGUUUGGAAGAUGGCCAGAAUCAAUUUAAGACCCGCAUGGAAAAGGCUUUGGUGGAACAUUUUCGCCCCCUCACCGAUCAGAUUUGUGUGAAAUAUCCUCGUCUCAUGAAUUUGCUGAAUUUCAAAUAUCAUUCAAGGCAAUCAAUUGAAUUUUUUGGGAGACUUGUCCAGGACACUGUGGAGUAUCGCGAGAAGUACAAAGUUCGGCGUAAUGAUUUCUUGGAUUUGCUGUUGGAGUGUCGGGACAACGAGGAUGAGUUCCAGUUGACCAUGGAUAUGAUAGUGGGUCAUGUUUUUAUCUUCUUCAUUGGAGGUUAUGAGUCUUCAUCAACGGCUUUGUGUCAGGCCCUAUAUGAGCUGGCCAAGAAACCCGAGUUGCAGGAAAAGGCCAGGAUGGAGGUGCAGCAGGUGGUGACAUCGCAGAAAGUCAGCUAUGAAAAUUUGAAGUCUCUGAAAUAUGUCAAACAAGUUAUUAUGGAAACUUUGCGGAAAUAUCCCAUUGUCCCUGCAAUGCUGCGUCUGUGCCGGGAAUCUUGCUCCCUUAACACCAAAUCUGGUCCCUUAGAAAUACCCGAAGGAGCCACACUAAUGCUACCCAUUUACAGCAUACACAAUGAUGAGGAUUUCUAUCCCAAUCCAAAGGAAUUUUUACCGGAGCGAUUUGAAGAAUCUUCGGAAAAACAGAGGCCAACUCACACCUUCCUCACAUUUGGUGAUGGGCCACGCAACUGCAUUGCCUUUGGUUUUGGUGUGAUGGAGCUACUGUAUGCUCUCUCAACACUGUUGGUUAAUUUUCGAUUCACUCUGUCGGAGAAAAGUCCAAAAGUCAUAGAAUUUGAUAGAAAUACCAAAUAUAUAGCCAGUCUGAGUAGUGGAAUAUAUUUGAAAGUAGAGAAAAUUUGAAUUAAAUAAAUUAUAAAAAUAAUAAUAUCAUCAA